AAGUGGAAGAGAAAAAAAAAAGAGGAAAGAACAGAACCGCGGCUGCCCUAAAAGGAAGGAGGAAGUGAGAGCCGGGCAGCGCCUGGCGGGCUGAGUCUGUUGACAGCCGUGAUGCGCCUUCCGCCUCGCUCACAUCUGAAUUUCCACCUGCCCGCCCCCUGCUUAUAACCCGCGCACGUGAAGUCAGGGCAGCUGCCCACACCCUGCCGUGGCCAUGCCGCUCCCCGCAGCUCCCGCCGCUCCCUGGAUGUAGCCGGCAGCCCUGGGGCAGAGCCAGAGACCCAGGGGAGACAGCGCCACCCGCGACCGACAGCCCAGGCUCCGAUGAAGCUGACAAGCGGCUUUGACGCUCCAAAAACACUAAAUGCCAAUAACAUGGAGACAUUGAUCGAAUGCCAAUCAGAGGGUGAUAUAAAGGGACACCCCCUGCUGGCACCAUGUGAGAGUGAAGAUAGUAUCUGCCAGCUCAUUGAGGUUAAGAAGAGAAAGAAGGUGCCAUCAUGGCCGUUUCUCACGAGAAGGCUGUCUCCUCCAUCAGACUUCCCGGGGGCUCUGUCCCUGUUCGAUCAGCCCUUGGCCAUCAUCUGUGGUGACGACGACACACUCCCCAAACCCAUUCAGGACAUCCUGGCUGCCCUGUGUCUCAGGGGCCCUGCCACGGAGGGCAUCUUCAGGAAAGCGGCCAGCGAGAAAGCCCGCAAGGAGCUGAAGGAGGAGCUCAACUCCGGGGCGGCAGUGGAUGUCGCGGGGCUCCCUGUGCACCUCCUGGCCGUCGUCUUCAAGGACUUCCUCAGAGGCAUCCCCCAGAAGCUGCUUUCCUGCGACCUCUUUGAGGAGUGGAUGGGGGCCCUGGAGAAGCCAGCCGAGGACGACAGAGUAGAGGCGCUGAGAGAGAUCGCGGACAAACUGCCCCGGCCCAACUUCCUACUGCUCAGGCACCUGCUGCUCGUCCUGCACCUGAUCAGCAAGAACUCCGAGGUGAACAAGAUGGACGCCAGCAACCUGGCCAUCUGCAUCGGGCCCAACGUGCUGUCGCCCGCGCACGACCACCACUUGUCCUUCGAGGCCCAGAAGAACCUGCACGGGAAGGUUAAGACGCUGGUGGAAUUCCUCAUUGAUAACUGCUUGGAAAUAUUUGGGGAGGACAUUCCGGCUCCUUGCGGCCUCACGUCUGACGACUCCCUGGAACACACUGACAGUUCAGACACGUCCACCCUGCAGAACGACUCCGCCUACGACAGCAAUGACCCGGACGGCGACGCCACCGGUGCCGCAGACUCCCCGGGCCGGCAGCCCCCGGCGGCCAAGGCCGAGGUGGCCAGCUCAGACUGCAGGGCACCGCGGGCCGCGGGCGAGUUCCGGCUGGAGCCCAUUGCGAGCACAGUGGCCAGGCUGAAAAGCUACGCCAGCCAGCCAGACCGGAGGUACUCGGAACCUGGCGCCUCACCCUCCCAGGAGUGCCUCGAGGGCCGGAUGACAAACCAGAAGCUAACCAGGAGUGAGGACGACUUCACCAGGGGGCAGGCUGCAGACCCGUUCCCGGAGGAGGUCUUCCCGGCCCCGCCAGGCAAGGGCGGGAGGCCCGGGGACCUGAAGAUCAGGAACCUGGCCCAGGGUCUGGCGCUGCGGCGGGGGCUGGUGGCCAAGGCCUUCUCCAGCGGCUCCCUGGACGGGGCGGCUGAGAGUCCGCCCCCAGCGUCUCCUUCCAGCCCCAAGAGAAAUUUCUUCACCAGGCAUCAGUCUUUCACCAGCAAGACGGAGAAGAGCAAGCCCAGCCGGGAAAUCAAAAAGCAUUCUGUGUCUUUCUCCUUCGCCUCUCACAAGCAAGUGCUGGCCAAGCCCCCCAGCGUGGGGCCUGGGAGAGCCAAAGGCUUCGCCACCGGGGACCAGGGCAAGAGGGUCCUGAAAAGAGAAAGCCAGCUGGCUGGCCGCAUCGUCCAGGAAACAGGGGCCGAAUGCCACAGCCAGACAGCCCUGGACGGCAGCACGCGCUCCUACGCCCUGUUGGUGGACGAGGUGUUCCCGCUGGCUGCGGCCAGGGGCCCCGGGAGCCCCCCGUCCUACGAGGAGGCCGUCCGGUGCCAAGCAGCCGGACUCAUGGCCUGUGCGGGCCAGACUGUGGCGAGCAUGAGGGCGAGAAUGCUUGGAGGGGACUCGCAGGACGGGUGUGGGCGCUGCAGGCUGGGCAGGACGGUCCCUGCGCCUGCGGGAACACCAGGGCCCUGGCCUGUGCGCCAGCCACCUGAGAUGCUCACGCCGAGGACCACGCCAGAGUCUCUACAGAGGGAGAAGCUGGACGGCCGCGGGCUACGCUGCAGCCAGCCAGUCUUUGAGGCAGACCAACUCCAGUAUGCUAAAGAAUCCUAUAUUUAGCAAGGAAGACCACGCCCCCAGGAUGCUGGGUGUGGCGUCUCUGUGAACCUGUAACUGGGAAACUGCCUGUAGAUACACUGUUUCCAAAAGAAGUCACGAAUAAGCUCCUUCAGACAUUUGUCUGUGAGGGUGUCUGCGCACCUGAAUUUGUGCAAUAUGGAACACGUGCAGAAAACGCUGUAUAUAGGCCAGUGUCCGGUGCAAGGGCGGCCAGGGUGAGGACCCCUGCGUCCCCGUGUGGGUGGGCUUGCAGCAACACUGCUCUGUGUCUCCCGUCCUGGGACAGAUCACCACCGGCCUCUAUGUAAAAAUCCCCUGCGCUUGUGUCUGUGCUGCCGGUCUUCCCCUUUGUCCACAACUCCACUUAAAUGUUCCAAUCUCUGCAAAAAGUUUACUUCACUAAGCGGCCCUAGGCGACUGGUUAUCUACACGGAACAGUUCCGUGGUUGGCGUUGUCAAAGGGAUUAUCAACACCAGGCAAAGAAAAGGCCACAGUGAAAACUAUGAAAAAUGCUUAAACACGCCCUUUCCAUCACCUAAUUAAACUUGGGUGGGAGACUGAGAGUGUGUUCUAUCAACAGGAACUCGUUGGAGCUCUUGGAGUGUUUAUGUAGAUCCACAGUGUCUUUUCCACACCAUGCGAGUGAAUGGUUCUACGAGCACCAGGGCUCAUGCAUAAAAUCUCAGUGUAACCGCACUACAAUAAAUCGCCCUUCUCAUUUGAAAAUGAAAA